AUGGCCAUGGAGCAGGACCUGGUGCCUUCAGGUUGUCCAGGGGCACCCACCCGCGAUGUCCUGCUGGUCUCUGCCAUCAUCACCGUCAGCCUUAGCGUCACUGUCGCUUGCGGCCUCUGCCACUGGUGUCAACGCAAACUGGGCAAACGCUACAAGAACUCCUUGGAAACGGUGGGCACGCCAGACUCAGGGCGUGGGCGCAGUGAGAAGAAGGCCAUCAAUGACCUAGACAGAGACUUUUGGAAUAACAAUGAAAGCACAGUGCAGCAGAAAUGGAGUUCCUACCCUCCCAAGGAGUUUAUUCUAAACAUUUCACCCUACGCCCCUUAUGGCGACCCACGACUGUCCCUCAAUGGCACCCUCCUGUCAGGCGCCAAAGUGGCCGCCGCGGCGGGGCUGGCGGUGGAGCGGGAAGGCCGGCUGGGGGAGAAGCUGGCACCGGUGCCACCACCUGGAGAGGACGCCUUGAGAAGCAGCGGGGCUGCCCCCAGCGAGCCAGGCAGCGGUGGCAAGGCUGGGAGAGGCCGCUGGCGGACAGUGCAGAGCCACCUGGCCGCAGGGAAGCUCAACUUGUCCAAUUUCGAGGACUCCACCCUGUCCACGGCCACUACCCUUGAGUCUAUCCCCAGCUCCACGGGAGAGCCGAAAUGCCAGCGACCCUGCACCUUGAUGCGGCAGCAGAGCCUGCAGCAGCCGCUGAGCCAGCACCAGCGGGGCCGGCAGCCCAGCCAGCCCACCACCAGCCAGAGCCUGGGCCAGCUGCAGGCCCAUGCAGCCUCAGCACCAGGCACCAAUCCCCGGGCCUAUGGCCGGGGCCAGGCUCGACAGGGCACCUCGGCCAGCUCCAAGUACCGGGCAGCAGGGGGCCGCAGUCGCUCCAACCCAGGCAGCUGGGACCACGUGGUGGGGCAGAUUCGAAACCGAGGCUUGGACAUGAAAUCCUUCCUGGAAGGCCGGAUGGUGGUGCUAUCCUUGGUCUUAGGGCUUUCGGAACAGGAUGACUUUGCCAAUAUCCCUGACCUGCAAAACCCAGGAACCCAGCAGAACCAGAACGCUCAGGGGGACAAGAGGUUGCCUGCAGGAGGAAAGGCAGUGAAUACAGCCCCAGUGCCGGGCCAGACGCCCCACGAUGAGUCCGACCGCAGGACUGAGCCCCGCUCCUCCGUCUCGGACCUUGUCAACUCCCUUACCAGUGAGAUGCUCAUGCUCUCCCCAGGCUCCGAGGAGGACGAGGCCCAUGAGGGCUGCAGCCGUGAGAACCUGGGCCGGAUCCAGUUCAGCGUUGGCUACAACUUCCAGGAGUCCACACUCACAGUGAAGAUCAUGAAAGCCCAGGAGCUGCCGGCCAAGGACUUCAGUGGCACCAGCGACCCCUUUGUCAAGAUAUACCUGUUGCCUGACAAGAAGCACAAGCUGGAGACCAAGGUGAAGCGGAAAAACCUGAACCCGCACUGGAACGAGACCUUCCUCUUUGAAGGUUUUCCCUACGAGAAGGUGGUGCAGAGAGUCCUCUACCUCCAAGUCCUGGACUACGACCGCUUCAGCCGCAAUGACCCCAUCGGGGAGGUGUCCAUCCCCCUCAACAAGGUGGACCUGACCCAGAUGCAGACCUUCUGGAAGGAUCUGAAGCCAUGCAGCGAUGGGAGUGGGAGCCGAGGGGAGCUGCUCUUGUCUCUCUGCUACAACCCCUCUGCCAACUCCAUCAUCGUGAACAUCAUCAAAGCCCGGAACCUCAAAGCCAUGGAUAUCGGGGGCACAUCAGACCCCUAUGUGAAGGUGUGGCUGAUGUACAAGGACAAGCGGGUAGAGAAAAAGAAGACAGUAACAAUGAAGAGGAACCUGAACCCCAUCUUCAAUGAGUCCUUUGCCUUCGACAUCCCCACAGAGAAGCUGAGGGAGACGACCAUCAUCAUCACUGUUAUGGACAAGGACAAGCUCAGCCGCAAUGACGUCAUAGGCAAGAUCUACCUGUCCUGGAAGAGUGGGCCCGGAGAGGUGAAACACUGGAAGGACAUGAUUGCCCGUCCCCGGCAGCCUGUGGCCCAGUGGCACCAGCUCAAGGCCUAACUGGGGCCGAGAAGGCCCAGGGGGCCAAGGCCCAGGUCCCCAUCAUGCCCUUGCCACUUUAUGCACAAAGCCUGGCUUGGCCCCCCUGCCAUGCGUGAGGGGAGGAUCCUGAGGGCUCAGCCAGGGAGGGGUCCCGGGACUCAUUUGGGCCCCAUUUCUAGGAAGUACCAGCCCCACCCCCUCUGGUCCAGCUCAGGGGUGGUGCUCUGGCAGCCAUUUUCCUGCUUUGCCCCUUUCCUUCCUGACUUGCUGAUACUAAAGAAGUGGGGGAGAGCUCAAGAGCCAGAUGGGCAGAUCCCUCCAGAGGCCCGCCAGGUGGGCAUGGUCCCCCGUUUUCUUUAAGGCAGUGCCUGGAGUGGAGAGAAGCCACCCCUCCCAGACCCCAUUGUGGGUUCAGAAGAGGGGGGCCGAGGCGUUUGGCCCCGGCCUGGCCAAUCGGGCCCGUCACCAGGGCAGUUUCAGGUGCCGACUGGGCCCUGAAUGCCAAGGAUAGUAUAUAGCCCACUCCAGGGUCCUGGAGCUGUGGCUCUGUGUACUUGUGUUGUGUCCACUCUGUGUAUGCGCGUGUACGUGUAUGUGGGGGGGGCAUUGCUCCCUUUCCCCCUGGGGCUGGCAGUGCUGAAGGCUAUGCAGAGAAGCAGGGUUUCUUGAAGGCCAGGUGGGGCUGGAGGUAGGAAGAAGUAAAGGCCACAGAGUGGGUUGGGAGAGAGGAGCAGGUACCUGCUGAAUGGGAGGGGUCGAGAAGAGGGGCAGACUCUUCAGCUGCCUAUCCUGCCAUCCCACCUUGCCUCACCCUGUCCCCUCAGGUCCCCCUCUGCUCAGAGUCCUCCAGUAGCUCCUUUCCCAGUGGUGUCAUCUCUUGGACAUGGGUUUAUACCUUGUAGGCACCUGCUGUGUGCAUAGCAUUGCAUUGCACCAGGACUCACCUGCUCCCUUCCUUCUCAGGCAUUCCGUGCCCUCACUUUCUCUUCCUGACACCCCACCCAGAGAAUUCAUUCCAGUCUAGUUGGUAAUGUGUUCCAUGCUCUCCAUCCUUGCCCUUCCACAUCUCUCCCUGCCAGUACAGACCCCAUCCUCACUCCACCCCUCACUUGGAGACCUUCCCUGUCCUCUGUGUGGUUUCUUAUCUUCCAUCACCUGGCCUUCUCCAGGCUGUCUUUACACCUUCACUGCCCCUCUCUGGAACCCCAGAGCAGCUCCUUGUGCCUCUCCCACCCACCGUUCAUGCAGAAGAAGCUGGGAUUCCAGGCUUCUGAAGUUGUCCCACACAAACAAGCUGCUGUUUCUCCUCCCAGCUACUGCUGAUACUAGAACUGACUUCCCCUUGGAGACAGCAGGUUCCAGGAUGGUAUCUGCCAUCCCCAUGUUUGUCUUGGUAUUGAUAAAAGACCCAGCUGGUGACAGCCUCAUUCAGGGACUGCGAACUUGGGCCCGACAUUCUUGGAACCCACCGCCAGGUGGCGCCAGAACAUCACAGUCUUUGAUGGGGGUCCUGGACCACAGCUCUACCCUGGAUGGGCCUGACACCCUAAGGAAAGAGACUCUGGACUAGGUCCUCACAGCCAAAGCACAGCAAAACCAUAGACAUUUGGGAACUAUUUUCCUUAAUUAGGCUUCCCCUUGAGCUGAGUAUUCUGCUCUAUGUAGUAACCAAGCCACCUUUUGCCCAUGACAAAAUAAAUUGGAUUUCACACCCCAUCCCCCAACCUCCUCCUGGGAUCUGGAGGAAUAACAUAAGUAAUAGGUGAAUCGUUUUGUAGUGAAGAAUGCCAAUGUAAAGCAAAGAGUCACCCACAUUCCUUGUAAAUCCAGAUGUUUCUAUAUUACAGCUUUGCUUUAAGUAGGGUCUACCUAGCUGCUGGGGUGGGCUGGGGAGCAGCCCCCAGUGGGGCCGCAGGAGGCUAUAGGAAAGUAGGAGAGGGUGCUGUCAGGAGUCUUGAGAGGCAGUAGCGAUCUGUCAUUCUCCGACCCUUCCCUUCCUCGGACCCGCGUCAGUUUUCUGUGCCCCAGGACCCGUGCCCCAAGCCCCUGACUGGUGGGAGCCCCAUGCCCUCCCCGGCCCAACCAACUCUCAUCGAGUGGGCGGGCAAAGGCAUGGAGUAGGCUUCCAGUCAGACUCCACCCUGGCACUCUGGUGACCCGGCCUGGGAUUCCCCAAACCCCCACGCACAGCUUGAGCUCCUGGUCUGGCAUGAGACAACAGAUGGCAGGUAAUAUGGGGUGGGAGCAGGGAGGCCUAGGGCAAUUGCAGAGCAGUGAAUGGGGGAAGUUGAGGGGGGAAGGGCACCGGAGCCCUGCCACCAUCCCAGGAUCUUGGGCAAGUCACCCACACUCCCUGUGGGCCUCAGUUUCCCCAUCUGUAAAAUGAUGGUAAUAAUACUUCACCUACCUCAUAGGGGAGGUUGUGAGGCCACCAUCACCUGACCUGGGGGUCAAGGCAGGAGGACUCUGAAGGUGCUACCCAGGAGCAAAGUAUUAUUGCCACAGCCUGGGAGCAAGGCCGAACUGCCCUUCCCCACAGAGCCUCCAGGGACAGCCCAGGCUGGCCAGGGCCCAUCUGUCUCUUCACUGUGUCCCAGACCCCUUCAUGAGAGUCAUCUGCCACGUUUGUGGCCACCCCGGACUUAGUUGUUACCUUGUUCAGGCACCCCUUCUUGUGACCAUCUCCUCCAUGUAACUGCUGUACAAAUUCCACCUGCCCCAGAACCCCUACACCUGUCCUCCAGCACCAGAGGCCAGGGAAGGGACAAAGGAAAACAGCCACACAUACACAUACAAAAAAAAAAA